GCUACUCAAAAGCAGACUGCGUGAAUGGAUCAACAGUCAUGAUACUGACAAAAUCUACAAAACUCUAAAAUACCUACAAAAAUACAAGCAACAUAAAAGGAGAGGUGUACAAUCAUGCUGGCAAAAGCAAAAUCAGCUGCAUCCUAUUUUCUUGAACCUGUUGGACCCUUCUUUUGGGCUGGAGAUGAUGGGGAGUAUAAGUCCUGGAAAAGACAUUUUGAGAAGAGAAUUCAGACAGGUGACUUUGGCAUCACGCUGCAAGCAGUGCUGCCAAGUAGGUUAGCACCAAGGGCAUUUCAGCAAGACAAGCUGGUGAAACAAGUGGAGACAGUGAUUUCCCACAUGUCCCUCUUUGAACCAGAGGGAAGUUCUGAGGAACUGUUCAGGGGCUCGACUACAGGUCUUAUUGGUCAACGCCCACUUAAUAUCAGGGCGAAUUCGGAUGAGACCCGAAAGGCACCUUUCGUUAAACGUUCCUCUUUGAGUUUAGAAGAAUUUGUAAAAUCGGAGAUACUAGUGAAUGAUAUGGAAACAUUUCUGGAAGAGUUCGAUCUGGCAUGCGAAGACACCGGUGUUAAAGAUGAUACUGAGCCCAAAAACAUUGAUGAAACUGUUGAUGACACUUUUGGGUUCGUUUCACCAGAUGAACACCAGGCAGAUGACUCUCUGAAGUGGAAAGGGAAAGUGUAUCCCCCGAAACAUCCUAACGGCUUAAGUAGUGCCCAGUCUGUUGAGAAUUUUGACGAUUUAUCGGACCAUGGUGAAGUACAGUUGCCAAACAAUGACGGUCAAGAAGGAACGUCUGAAAGUACCGAUCCUUCGAAAUGCAAGACAGAGGAAUGUAAUGACAGUUUAAAUUUACAUGAAACCAAAGAUGUAUCACAUUUGCAGAAUGAUAUGCAGCCGUCUGACAGUCUUCAAGAACAAAGCAAUCAGUGUGAUAUUUGCGGUACAAAUUCAUCAAGUGACGCAGUUGAAGACGCAGCUCGGAAAAGCAGCAAACAGAACAUUAACAAUUCGGGGGGUGACAAGCAUAUUAGCAGGUUUAAGAACAAAGUAUGUCCGAUUCCAACCAACCAGAAUAACCACGCCGCUGAUAGUCCUUCAAAUUCUCCAGGAAAUAUACUCGGAAUGACAAAUAUGGCCUACCAAACGUCGGGAACCUCAGUUGACUUUGCAGAGUCAUCCAAGAAAUUGUUGAAGGCGGUUUUAACGAACAGCGCAGAAAAGUUGAACUUCGAUGUUGUGAAAGAUGACUCAUCCUUGAAGGGUAACGAGGGAUACAAACACUACAAAUUGUUUACCACGAUAGAAUACGCGACAGAUCUGAAACGCCUUGAGCAAGUGAAGGAGCAGAUUGUCUCUGAGUACAAGUGGAAAAUAGGUACAGUUGAAGAACUCCGGCAGGCAGCUAACGCCUAUUACCAUGACCCUACUGGGAGUGGCAGGAGGAGGUGGAUUGAGCUUAGGAGGGAGAUUGACCAGCACAGCAAACACAGCAUGACGGACACCAGAGCCAAGCUGGCAACCCUGACACAUUACACGCCCAUCUUCACUUAUGCUGUUAUGAUACUGCAGGUCCUGAUGCUGGGUGUGAUGAUCUCCCUCAACGGUGUGGCUACUGUGGAUGCUGUGUCAAGGCUGCUGUUGCAGGAUAACACCAGAACCUUCCUAGGUGUCGAGACUGUGGACAUGAGGCAGGAAGUUAACAUGUGGGUGGGGCCUUCAUCCCGUUUCUUCAUAGGAAUGGGUGCGCUGCUGAGUGUGUGUAUGAGGGAUGACCACAUUCUGCACAUGCAGGGCGUAGCACAGAACUACAGUACAGAAAACACUCUGGGGUGCUGUGAGGUGCAAGCCAGAAACACUGCAGGGACUACAACCAAGGAGGAGUGCCACUCACUUACACUAGGUGUAGGUCACUGGAGGGAAGUGCCCUGUGGCCAGAGACAGCCUGGGGAGAACUAUGUGCAGCAUGUCAUCAAACCCUGCUGUACUGAUGAAAGGGGCACCUGCUUACUCAUAUCACAUGAACACUGCAGUUUUCUGGGAGGACUAUUUCAUGAAAGGGAAAAGGAGCACUGUUCUCAGGUUAAUUGUCCAAGUGAAGUCUGCAAAAUGGGUGGAAUGUCAUCAGACACUCACAAGCCAUGGCUUCCCAGUUCCUACCAGUGGUGGCGCCCACUCUUGUCUCUCAUGUACACCCAUGGUGUAGUUCACUUGCUGUUGCUGCUGCUGGCAGAGUGGCUGCUCCUGCGGCAAGUAGAGAUGUCAGCUGGGUGCUUGCGAGUGGGCAUCAUCUAUGUCCUGUGUGGAGUUGCAGGUGGAAUGUGUGCAUCAGUUAUCUCCCCCUACACCCCCCAGGUUUGCACAACAGCUGCUGUAAUGGGCGCACUCGGUGUUCUACACAUGGAGCUCAUCGAGGCUUGGACCCUUCUCCCUCGACCAUGGCUGGAGCUUGUCAAGAUCUAUGGCCUCCUAGCUUUUGCUUUAAUAACAGGAACUUUGCCUUUGAUCAACAAUUUUGCAAUUAUCACUGGCUUCCUUACAGGCCAUCUGAGUGCAGUUGCACUACUUCCAUAUAUUAAUCUCCGACUAUGGAGCAAGAGGAGUCGUGUAGCCGCAGUGUUUGUGUCAAUUGCAUUGUUAUUACUGUUGUACUUUGUCAUCAUUUACAGCUUCCAUCAUCUACAGAAUCUGAACACAUGUGAAUGGUGCCGAAACCUUGAGUGUCAAGAAUACGCUCCUCACAUGUGCCCACAACCAUGAUAUUUCCACAUAUACCCC